UCAUAUUCUGCCCGUGACCUGUUCAUGAAGAUAUUUGGCGCAAAAUACUGUCCGCAUUGGCGGUUUCGGACAAUCUGACCGUAUCAGAAUUAAAAUCGGCAAGGCAAACGCGGCACUAGACUUCACGUUGAGAGUGUGUUCUCUGCACUGCAAUGGUCGUUCGGCGCCUUUCAAUUUCUCACCUCAAUAUUUUGACAUGAUUCCGAAAACUCCGUCACGGCACCUGUUACUCGCGCUAGGGUUUCUGCUUUGCGCCACAAUCCCCUUCGUUCACGGCGAGUCGUCUACGUGCCUGACUGUCUACAAGAACGGCGGUGCUCCGGCGGUGUUCCAAUCCCCAAAAUGCCCCCGCUGGAAGCUCUCCGAGUACGAUUCCCCUCCCCAAACCACCGCGCGUUGCCAAACCGCCAUGCUCCAAGGCCGCAGAAACUCGCAAGAGGAUCGCGCUCUCUGCGUCCUCGAUGUUCGCAUUCCCUUCCCCGGUCCGAACGGGAUCAAGGAGGUUGCGGUCGGGAUUGUGGCAGUUUUCGAUGGUCAUAACGGUGCGGAAGCUAGUGAGAUGGCGUCGAAGCUUUUGGUGGAGUAUUUCGUUCUGCACACUUAUUUUCUUCUCGAUGCCGCCUUUUCUGUUAUUUCGAAGACGUCGACAGAGACUUUGCUUCACAAGAGAGAUCGUGAUCAUGUAAACCUACUGCAUAGAUGGAAGGAGAUUCUAGGGUUGGAAUGGCAUGAACUGCAUUUUGAAAGGUUUCAGAAUACAUUUUCUCCAAAUUUUGAUGAUUCUUUUCACUUGGAAAUUUUGAAGGAAGCAUUGUUGAGAGCAGUCCAUGACAUCGAUGCAAAGUUUUCUGAGGAAGCCUCUAGAAAUAAUCUUCACUCAGGAUCUACAGCAACCGUUGUUUUGGUAGCAGAUGAUAAAAUUUUGGUUGCCAAUAUUGGAGACUCUAAGGCCAUCUUGUGCUCUGAAAAUUUUCAGUCUCCCAGAGAGGCUAAAGACUUGUUAUUAAAGCUAUACAGGCAGAAAGAGCAUGAUGGUUCUGUUUCCGUGUGGGAUCGUGAAAAGUACAGAUUGGUUUCCUCCCAUGGUCUCACUCAUUUUGCAGUAAAGGAAUUGACCAGUGAUCAUCAUCCAGACAGAGAUGAUGAAAGAAUUCGGGUGGAAACAGCUGGUGGUCAAGUUCAAAAUUGGGGUGGUGUGCCUCGCAUAAAUGGUCAGCUGGCUAUUACACGGGCUAUUGGUGAUGUACUCUUUAAAAGUUAUGGUGUUAUAUCUGCACCAGAAGUGACUGAUUGGCAGCCUCUGACUGCUAAUGAUAGCUUUUUGGUGGUAGCAUCAGAUGGUGUAUUUGAGAAGAUGAGCGUGCAGGAUGUCUGUGAUUUGUUGUGGGAAGUACACCGUUUCAGUAACAUGAGAUCUGAGUGUACCCCUGCAUCUUCCUAUUCUUUGGCAGAUUUAAUUGUUAAUACUGCCUUCAAAAAGGGCAGUAUGGACAAUGUGGCAGCAGUUGUCAUUCCUCUUGAGUCUGCCAAAUCUUCUGCAAACUCGCUUAGGGGAAGCUAUAGUGGAAAGAGGGAUGCAGAUUUUCCAUUGUUUGGUCAGCAGGAAACUGCUUCCAAAAGCUCAGUUAAUGACAUCGGGUCUGAUCUUAUACACUUGGAGCACCCUCAUCUGGUAGAUACCAAGUUUAAGCGAAUAUUGGUUGAAGUAAAAGAUGGUGAUUUUGGAUGUUUUUAUUUAUCUGAAAAUCUCGAUGAACCAGAGGACUCUAAGCAGAUUGCCAAAAAAACUGACUGGGAAGACUAUUUGUAUGAACUACCUCAGCCUCUACCAGAUGCCCUUCAUCAACAUGCCACUCCUGGUGGUCCUGUAAAUUUAUACAAUAGCCAAAACUUUUGCUUUCACCUUGGUCCAACUAUUAGUGAAGCCGAAGACCAAUGCAUAAAUCCUGAAGGCUUUGCCAGUUUCAUUGGUCUUCUUGAAUCAAUUCCUUUACAUGAUACUGGUUCCAGUAAUGGGUCUGCUGAUUAUUCAAUGCCCGAUUUAAGGUAUGUAUUGAAGAAGAGUUUUGGACGUGGAUCAUAUGGUGAAGUAUGGUUGGCUUUUCAUUGGAAUUGUAAUCAAGAUAGUAAUUCUGCAAAAAUGAGCAAGGAUGACAAAAAUACAACCAGCAGCUCAACUGCUUCUGAUUGUCAGGAUGGUUCUACUAACUACACCCUGUACAUUUUGAAGCGUAUAAUGGUGGAGAGGGGGUCUGCUGUUUACUUAAGUGGGCUGAGGGAGAAGUAUUUUGGAGAAAUUUUCUUAAAUGCCUCUACAUGCUUUGAAGAUCCUCUAUCAGCUGGCAAAUCAAACUGUGUCUUAGAAACAUCACAGGUUGGUCCUGAGAAAUCAUUUCCAAACAAAUUUCGGCUACAACGAACCACAUAUGAAGAAGGUUUGAAUCAUAUUGCAAGAUAUGUGGAGUCUUUUGAGUCUCAAGCCAAUGAAAUAUGGCUUGUAUUUAGUUAUGAAGGUUUGUCAUUGUCAAAACUUUUAUAUGCCGUGGAAGAUGCGUAUGGUACUGCUGAGAAAGAAAGACUUGAGCAAGCUAAACAUGUUCAGAUACUACGUCCAUCAAAGUGGUGGCAUUGGUUAAAAACAGCAGAAGAAGGGCAAGCAGAAAUGCGCAACCUUAUCUGGCAGCUGUUAUUAGCUCUCAAGUCCUGUCAUGAUCGCAACAUCACACACAGAGAUAUUAAACCUGAGAAUAUGGUGAUAUGCUUUGAAGAUCAGGAAACAGGGAGAUGCUUGAAAGAGAUUCCCACUAAAGUUAAUAAUUUUUCCACCAAAAUGCGUAUUAUUGACUUUGGAAGUGGAAUUGAUGAAUUCACAUUAAAGCAUUUAUAUGGUUCCACUGGGCCUUCUAGAGCUGAACAAACCUAUGAGUAUACUCCUCCUGAAGCUUUGCUGAAUGCUACAUGGUAUCAAGGGCCAACAAGCUCAACUUUGAAAUAUGACAUGUGGAGCGUUGGUGUUGUGAUGUUAGAGUUGGUCUUAGGGACACCAAAUGUCUUCCAGAUAAAUGCUUUAACACGUGCUCUUUUAGACAGACAACUAGAAGGUUGGAAUGAGGGUGUGAAGGAGCUGGCAUACAAACUUAGAUCAUUCAUGGAAUUGUGCAUUUUAAUCCCUGGAAUUUCCAGGUCCAGCAGUUCCUCAAAAAAGUAUCAAAAGGUUGGAGUUUCACCUGCAUCUUGGAAAUGCUCCGAAGAAUUCUUCUCUCGUCAAAUUAGGAAUCGAGAUCCCCUAAAAAUAGGUUUUUCAAACAUCUGGGCGUUACGGUUAGUGCGCCAUCUGUUACAUUGGGAUCCAGAGGAUCGGCCAAGUAUUGAUGAGGCUCUGCAACAUCCUUAUUUCCAACAUCCCCCAAGAGAAUGAUUUUAUAGUAAACAUGUCAAUGCCUUACCCAUCGAGUUAUUCAUUCACAGGUAAAUAAUCUGUGCCACCAACCAACUGAUAGCUGAUGUUAUAAAUUCGAUUAUAAAACUUACAAUAGUCUUAUAUCACAUGAUAGCUUAUAGAACUUAUUGAAAGAGCUUAUAGGAGUCAAAGUCAUUUUCAUAAGGUUGAAUAAAUUGUGUAGAAACUCUUCCAAAUGCCUCCUGAAUGGAUUGCUAUUGUUAAAAGUCGAGUAAACCUUUAUUUUAGACCUUAAAAGUGUAAGUGACUAUCACCUUAGUCUUUUAACUUUAUAAAAUCCUCACUUUAGUCUCAUUUUGCAAAAUGUCAUUCACUUUUUUUUGUUCAUACAUUCAAAAAUGUGGACAUGGACUACAGUGAAUAAUUUUUGUUGCAAAGUCAGGGACUAAAAUGAGGAUUUUAGAAUGUUAAGGACUAAAGUGUCUGACACCUACAAUCUUAGGGAUUUGAUUGAGGGUUUUACUCUGAUUCUGUGUCUUCUGUUACUGAACUUGUCCUAGUGAACAGAAGCAGAUGUUGGAGUGAAAGGGCACAAAAAAUUACUGUUUUAUUGUGUAUAUACAUUGACAUUCGUGUAUCAAGCCUGACAAGAUGAGGCCAAAAUAACUGAUUGUGCCAAAAAUACAGAAACUGACUACUAACAGGUGCCAAAAUCCUAUGAACCAUGACCCUGAGGACCCGAUAAGCAUCGGUUGCUUGAUUUUCUAUAUUGAAAUAUAGAAAAGUUGGUAUUCCUUUGUCUUUUUAUUUAUUUAUUAAAUUGAAUGUAAUACUACAGCAGAUGAGACAGCGGAAACAAUAUCAAUGACCGGUUCUGCAAAUAUUUAUUCUUUUUUUUCUCCCUCUGGAAAUGGAAAGAAGUUUUAAAUGAACUUUGCUUAUUUUA